AUGGGAGGAUCAGUUGUGGAUGAUCCAGAGUUGUCGACACAUUUGGUUAGUGACAGUAUAAAGAGAACAGCAAAGACAUUGAUGUGCAUAUCCUGUUGCAAACAUAUUGUUACCAGUCGUUGGCUGUUGGACUCUCAAAAAGUUGGGCACUUCAUCAAUGAGGAAGCAUAUAUUGUCAAGGACGUCGAGGCAGAGAGAGAAUGGAAGUUCAACCUAAAAGAGUCUCUUCGUCUGGCUGAUAAUCAACUCUUCACUGGAUUUCGAUUCUUUGUGCUCGAAGGCUCAGUUCCACCAAAGGAAUUUCUGGCCAACUUGAUCCGUGUCAAUAAUGGCACACUUCUAACUCGUUCACCUACAAAGUUUACAUCGGACAUCAUUGUAUUGGCUGGCGAAAAGGACAAACGUUCAAUCAGUGUCUACCAAGAGAAUGGCGCCAUCAUUCAUUCUGGUGACUUUGUACUAUUGUCUAUUCUACAGCAGAAAAUGCCACCCAGUCAGUGCUAA